AUGGGUGUGUUCCGUGUGAAGCCGUGCCAGCCUGGCCGCCCCGCCGCGCCGCGUGCUCGACAGAGAGAUCAAAGGAUGGGACAGGCGCGCUGCGGACGGGCUGAUGGGGGCGGGGAGGUAAUUAUGCACAUCCCAGAUAUUGUUAGUCUUAGCUGGCUGGACUCCUUCGGGGCUAAAUUGCCCUUAGCAACGGCCUCUUUGUCAAAUUGGGAAAUGUUUCAUUCACAUCAAGAUGUGUUGCAGUACAGAGGCUGCACUACAGCUAGCUGGAGGAGGAGAGGGGCUCAAAAGUAA